GAAGAAGAAGAAAAAGAAGGGAGAUAAACAAAUGGUACAAAAUGAAGAAGGUGCGAUUAAUGAUAAAGCUACAUUGAAUUUUGAUAAGUUGUACGAUGAGGUACUUCAUGACAAUUACCAGCAUUUGAAUAAAAACGAAACAAGGGAUUCUAAUUUAAACAAAGAUGAAUUGACAAGAAGGAUUCCUUUUGGUGAUGCCUCUGAAGAUGGCUCUUUGGUUAUGAAAAAGAAGAAGAUAAAGAAGGGAGAUAAACAAAUGGUACAAUAUUAUGAAGAUUCAAUACACAAAAAAGCUCCAAUGAAUGUAGAGAAGUUUUAUGUUGAGUCCUUUCAUGCCAAUUACCAGCAUUUGAAUAAAAACGAAGCAAGGGGUUAUAAUUUAAAUGAAGAUGAAUGGACACAAAGAGUUCCUAUUGACGAUGCCUCUGCAGAUGGCUCUUUGUAA